GGACCCCUGAUUUGUCUAGAUACGACUCUGACAGGUGCCACGUAGGGUUCCCGCAGCUCAAGAACUGCUUCACCUCCAGCGGUGGCUGUAUGACAGGACUCGGCCUCCCAGAGAACGCGGGGAAGGACUUCUCUGCGGACGGCCUGGGCUUCAACAAGAAGAAGAAGAAGAAGAGGCGGCACAGGACCAUCUUCACGAGCUACCAGCUGGAGGAACUGGAGAAGGCGUUCAAGGAGGCGCACUAUCCGGACGUGUACGCUCGCGAGAUGCUGUCGCUCAAGACGGACCUGCCCGAGGACAGGAUACAGGUGUGGUUCCAGAACCGGCGCGCCAAGUGGCGCAAGACGGAGAAGUGCUGGGGACGCAGCACCAUCAUGGCGGAGUACGGCCUGUACGGCGCCAUGGUGCGCCACUCGCUGCCGCUGCCGGAGACCAUCCUGAAGAGCGCCAAGGAGAGCAACGAGUGCGUCGCGCCCUGGCUGCUAGGGAUGCAUCGCAAGUCGCUGGAGGCGGCCGAGCAGCUCAAGGACAGCCCGGCGGCGGGCAGUGACCGAGAGGACUCCAGCUCGGCCCCCGGCGGCGGCUCCGACACGGCGCGCGGCGACAGCGACAACAGCUCGCACAGCUCGCCCGGGGGCAGCAGCCAGGCGUCGUCGUCGGCGGCCGCCAGUCCCAGGCCCCACCACAUGUCGGCGCCGCCGGGUCCCGGCGCCGGAGGCGGCAGCGGGGGCGUAGGCGUCGUGUCGACGCCGCCGCAAGCCUCCGCCCCUGACCCCGAGCAGCUGCGCAACGACAGCAUCGCGUGCCUGCGCGCCAAGGCGCAGGAGCACCUGCUGAGCCUGGGGGCGGCGGGGGCGGCGGCGGCGCAACCAACGGAAACAUCAGCCGAGCCAUUCAACUGCUCACAACAAAUUCAGACACCAGCAUACAAGCUUUCUUGA